AUGCCUUCUUUUAUCGAGUUAGAAAAGCUCUUGAACUUUGCACUCUCCUCGCCAGAGGUGGGGACCGUAAAUUUUAACAUUUUGCGCAUGUUUCUUCAAGAAAUACUACGGCAUCUUGGCAUUGAAAACAAAGCUAUCGACAUUGACACACUAGGAGAGGAACACAAAAGUGCUAUUGACUUUAUCAAGGAUGGGUUUGCCGAUGUUACCAGUCUAGAAAAAAGAUCACUCGAAGUCUUUCAAGUCGAAGAAACUCCUGAAAUGAUGGUGGGACCUGAAGCCGAAUCCACGACUCCAUUUCAAAGCAAUACAGAGCAAGAACAAGAGUCUCCUCCUCCAUCAGCCUUAGAUGCGGAGCAGAGGGAAGGAGAACAGUUGACGAGUGUGGAAACUGAUCCCACAGAAGAAAGUAAAUUGGAUGCAUCGAUUACAGAAGGAGAAUUGAGCAUUGCUCCUCCUAAAUCAGAAGAUCUUCCAGUUAAAGAUCAACCGCCCUUAACCCGAAGCUCCGUUUUCUCACCUGGAGGAUCAGAUUCGCUGAACAGCCUAAAAAGGAGGGUUUCAGAACUCCAAGGACGUGUAGAAUUUCUUGAGUCACACCCCCUUCCCGCUGUUCCUGAUCCCGUUAUAUCGGUGGCUUCCUUAGUGAGGAAGGAGAGCAAGACACCCGCUCAUGACUUUGUGGAGUUGGUCAACAUAAAGCGGACGCUUGAGGCGUCAGAAAGUUCUCUGGAGGGCUUAACAGAAAUGGUAGAUGCCUUAGCGUCUGAUCUGAAUGAACUGAAAGAAUCUUUGCCCAAAGUCCAUAAGACCUCAAGUGAUCUGCGCUCUGAUAUGGAGGAACUGCGGAAAUCUCUGAAUGCAAUGAAAGAGGAUAAAGCAGGAAAAGAGGAAGGGGAAAAGGAAGGGGACACGAUAUCAAGUCUGGAAAAUACUGAGCAAAGAAUGGAUGGAUUUGAAAGUGUGCUGGCAAACUUGAAAGAAGCCUUUGCUGAGAUUACUGAAAAUGUGAAAGAUCACUCACAAGUAACAGAUCCCAAGGGGCAGGAAAUGCUUGACGCUCAUGAAAAACAGCUUCAGGGAUUGAAGGUUCACAUUGAAAAAGUAGAAGGUAAACUGGAUGGAGUGAGUUCCAAGUUAAGUGGAGCUGAAGAGGCUGCAGCAGACACCCUGACUAAACUUGAAGCGUGUGGUGAGGAAAUCAACGAAAUCAAAACCAAACAAGAAACUUUGGGUGAAGAGUUAAAAAAUCACAAAUCACAAAUUAAAGACAACGAAAUGCAGAUUCACCAGUUAAGCAACUCGAUGACGUUGAUGAAACGUGAAAACACUGAGCGGGCGAAUGUAGAGGCUGCGGACAAAGAGAAAGAACACAAGUCGGAAACUUCGACGUACAGGCGCCGCGCGUACAGCGUCGAUCGACAAGAACUGAGUUUGAUCCGUACCAUGAUAUCUGAGUUACAAGAAGAAAAAGAAAAACUAAAACAGACCGACAUCCGAUUGAAUGACGAGCUUUACAGGAAACAGAGGCAUUUGGACGACCUUUAUAACAUUGUUGACGAACUGAGAGACGUGAAAGUCGACAAAGAACUGCUUAACAUGGGAUUUGAGCUGAAAGCUGAUAAAAAAGACGUGGAAACCAAGAUUGGAAGGGAAGACUUUGAGCACUGCAUAGGUCUUGUUGAUCAGUCCUUAAGAGAUUUGCUGCAAAGAUUAGAAGGCCACGAAAACGCGCUGAAAUUAGCCAUAGAAGCAAUCCACUCAGACGUGGGCAAGAAACUCGACAAAGAAGAAGUUGAACCCUUGAAGCGUUACCUGGAGUCUCGAAUGGAAUUUAUGAAACCAAAACCGGUGGAAAGACCGCCCCCAGAAGAAUUGGCAGCAGGGAUCCGAAAGCGGUUCCUAGUGGAUCACAACUGUAUAUCAUGUGACCGCCCUGUUAAAUACGCGAGAGAGGAGCCUUUUCCCCCUCUACCAACCAUACGCUGCAUGCCGGGAUCGAAGUCGACCCGUCCCUACACCACUUUCGAGCUGGAACAGAUCCGACAGCACAUGCUCCCAGGAGGACUGUCGAUGACGAAGGAAAGGUUUGAACUGCUGGAGAAGCAACGCAGCAAGUUACAGAAAGAAAUGUUACGACUUAGUGGUGUUCACGAUCUACAAGAAUUGGCCGAGGCCACUGCAAGAGCCUGUGGAGGAGUCCAUACCCUCACCUAUCCCCAUAGUCAGUCGGUUGUUCGUGGACUUCAGCUUAACAAGGACGACUUGGACUUCCUCGUCCCGCAGAAAGAUUUUCAACCGGUGGAUAUCUUAGGACAGGACGGACACAUCUAUAAGGGAUUACUUGAUUCCCUCCCUACGACACUUCCCCACAUCCCACAAAAGGGCAAAACCUCCGGACUAAAAAAUGCCCCAAGGAAUGUGAGGAGGAGCACGACCCCGACUUCCCCUAGUCUUCAAAAACCUGCAAAGGACCAAAUUGAAAGUUGCUAA